CCAACUCCUGUGACUCAUAAAGAGAAACUUUAACCCGAGUGGGCGGAAGCAGGUUAACCGAUGAGCAUCAUCUUCAUUUUAUGUUGUCAUGAAUCGCUGCACAGCACUUCAUGAAAUAACACGCAACGAUGACACAGGAAAUGACAAAGAAAGGCUUUCUGAUAUUCUUUUCCAUCUAUCUGUUGGCUAUGGUCAGUGCUCUUGAAGACAAAGACUCGUGUUAUGGAGUCGGUUCUGGCACUAUAGCGGGUAUUAUAUUCGCUGAUGUUACAGUGACGAUCCUCGUUGUUACUAUCACCUACUGGUACGCCAGCAAGCGCAGACAAAAGAAAGAAAACGCUGAUGAAGUCUACAUGAACGUCAGAGCAAACUGCAAAACAUGAAGAUCUUUGGACUGACAUGAACGGAAGGAACUGACAUUAAAUAACAUAAGACAUGAUAUGAUCAUAGAUGAUGAUUUAGAUUUAUAAUUUCUAGCUGGCUCUGCACACUUAAAACCGUGUUCAUAUCAUAGUUGCUUUGUAAAUAAGACAAAAUUACCAUAUUUUUGCCAUCACACUGAAAACUUAAAAAAAAAAAAAUUAAAUUACUGCUUAAUCAAAGUAUGCAAAUAAUGAAACUAUGUUUUAAUACGUUAUCAACGGCAAAUAAAAU